AUGGCGGCUUUUUUUUCCAGCUCCCUGGUCUUCUUUUUGUUCUUCUUGUUGUUCUUGGGUGUCAGAGAGUCGGGCGCUGGUGGGGGUGGUUCGCUCAGCAGGAGCUCCUUCCCCCCUGGUUUCCUCUUCGGGACGGCCUCCUCGGCCUAUCAGGUGAAGAGCGUGUCAACUCUUCUUCUUCUUCUUCUUCUUCUUCUUCUUCUUUUCUCUGUUUUUCCCCCGGCUUUCCUUCCCUACCCUCUCGCUGAUGGAGGGACGGCGCGCCCCUGUGUUUCCGUGCUGUCCCGCAGUACGAAGGCGCCGCCGCAGAAGAAGGCCGAGGCCCCAGCAUCUGGGACACGUUCACCAGCCAACACCCAGGUUUGCUCUCUCUCACUCUCUCUCUCUCUCUCUCUCGACCCUUAGAGUGGUUGUGUAGCUGACGAGUCUUCCCCGUGGCUUUCGUACGCAUAAAAUAUAAUAUGCUUUACAGAUUAUAUGGCCUUGAUAUAACCCUCAGAGAGUUUUUUUUCUUACGUGCGGUUCGAAGUAGCAAUCUUAUUGGUCUCAUGCAGAAGACUAAACAAGCAUCCUGUCGACCAUAGUUCAAUAUUCGUGAUCACCCUUCCGGAAUUUCUGGGAUUCCGGUGCUUUUUCAUUGUCUUAUGAAAAUAAUCUGAAGUUAUAAUCUGCCUAUCGCCGGUCUUUCGCAAAAAAACUAGCUGGUUCCUGGCUUACAAUAAUCUAAAGCGGUAUCUACACUUCUACCCUGCAGAGAAGAUUCGAGACCGAAGCAAUGGAAGUGUUGCGACAGACUCUUAUCAUAGAUACAAGGUACUGUAGUCAAAAACUUUGAUCCUUUUUUUUUUUUUGUUUCAAAUAUGGAUUAUUUAUUUACAUCUCUUUUGUAACCUCUUGAUUCAUAAAAAUAAAAGGGUAGCUCUUUAAGAAUGUGGGUACUCAGUUAACUAUACGGAAGGUAAAGAAUAUAAAUAAAAAAGAAUUCCAGUUAACUAUGAAGAAUAUGGCAAGAAAGCCUUGAGGUUUCAAGUUCAGAAAGAGAAAUGAAUUUGGACCGAUCUAGAUUUCAAGAAGUUUUCACGUAUACUGUAUUGUGACAUGGUUGCAUUUUUCUCGGAAUCUACUUGUAAGACUCUCUCUCUCUCUCUCUCUCUCUCUCUCUCUCUCUCUCUCUCUUAUGGUAGAGUAUGAUGACAGCCAGACCCGGCCUGUCUGGGCCAAGAUUGGGUUUCACAGGCUUUUGCUGUGGAUCUAUCUUCCGAUCUUCGAUCAACGGCUGGGCUUGAUUAGAUCCACGUCGGGCCUUGGGGUCGACACCCUGAGUAUGUAUGGGUACGCAAAUUAACAAGAGUCUGUUCUGCAUGCAGGAGGAUGUGAGGAUCAUGAAGGAGAUGGGCGUCGACGCAUACAGAUUCUCCAUCUCUUGGACGAGGAUACUACCGAGUAAGCAACAGUCGGGAAUUCCAAUCUGUUCUUGUUUUUAAAUUUCGACAUGGAAAAUGGCAAAUUUUGACCAUCAUCACCAUAAAUUAUCACAAAAAGGAGAGCUAAUGUGCGUGUCCGCAGAUGGAAGCCUAAGCGGGGGAGUGAACAAAGAAGGAGUCGCAUACUACAACCGCCUCAUUGAGGAGCUCAUCUCCGAAGGUCUAUGAUUCACCCAUUAAUCAUAUUCUCGGGCUGGCCGCUGGAUGUUCCCUCUCCUAAGUCGUCUUCUUCUAAGCCUCCACAGGCGUGCGGCCCUUCGUGACUCUCUUCCACUGGGACUCUCCCCAAGAUCUGGAAGAUCUCUAUGGAGGCUUCCUGAGCCCCAAGAUCGUGUAAAGCCAACGCCACCCCUCGCCUUCCUCGAGAUUAUGGUUCGAUCACAGGCUCAUAUGAGAAUCAAUAAUGUUCUUGCAGCCCAGAUUUCGUCAACUAUGCGGAGGUUUGCUUCAGGGAGUUCGGCGACAAGGUGAAGCACUGGAUCACGUUCAACGAGCCGUGGAGCUUCUGCGUGGGGGGCUACGCGCGCGGGAUGACCGCACCGGGGAGAUGCUCCCCGUGGGAGGCCAGAGAUUGCAGCGCCGGUGACUCGGGGAGGGAGCCGUACGCCGCCUGCCAUCACCAGCUGCUCGCCCAUGCGGCGACUGUGAAGCUUUACAGACAGAAGUACCAGGUACCCCAUCUGGUUCAUGAGAAUAUUUUUCUGGGGUAUUUAUUUAUAUGGUUGAGCUUGGUUCGGGUGCGACUGAUCAAUGCAUACUGGGAUAUUUUAGGGUUCGCAGAAGGGCUUGAUAGGGAUAACCCUGGUGUCCAACUGGUUCGUCCCCUUCCACAAGUCAAAGUCCGACGAGGACGCCGCCCAGCGGGCGCUUGAUUUCAUGCUCGGAUGGUGAGUACUAGUCUUCCCGAUGACGAUCAGAUCUUGAGAGAGAAAGGCAGAUGAGGCAGAAGUCUGUCACAGGUUCAUGGAUCCUAUGACACAAGGGGACUACCCGUUCAGCAUGAGGGUGCUCGUCGGAGACCGGCUUCCCAGGUUCACCGUCGAGGAGGCUCAAAUGGUCAAAGGGUCGUUUGACUUCAUCGGACUGAAUUACUACACCUCUUUCUACGCCGCGGCGCUCCCCUUCUCCGACGUGGUCAACGCGAGCUACAGUCGCGACAUUUUUUCCCUUCUUUCAGGUGAGUACUGCAAGGUACCCCCUCUGGUUGUUGUUGCUGUGCUUUCCCCUUCCCUCUGCACCUCACUCCAUGAGUUGGUCUCUGGCUGGACAGGCACGCUCAAGGGGAGAGCCAUUGGCCCUAAGGUGAUCUCUCUCUCUCUCUCUCUCUCUCUCUCUCUCUCUCUCUCUGAUAGGGUUUUACCGCAGGCGGCUUCGGAGUGGCUCUACGUGCACCCGCCGGGAAUAAGAGAGCUCCUGUUGUACACCAGGGAGAAGUACAACAAUCCAGUCAUCUACAUUACCGAGAACGGUAAGCUUGACUGAUCGCCGACGAACACGGUCGUAUACCGAUUUUGUGUCGAUGCUGUUUGCAGGAGUUGACGAGAAGAACGACGAGACGCUGACUCUGGAGGAGGCGCUGAGGGACGACUUCCGCAUCGCCUUCUACGAGCAGCAUCUCCUCCAAGUCCGGCGAGCCAUCAGGUAAUCAGCCUUCUGCGCUCGCUCUCUCUCUCUCUCCGUCCUAUGGCAGAGGAAAGAAGCUUUGAUUGAUUCCUCCGCCGCAGGAAAGGGGCGGACGUGAGGGGCUUCUUCGCCUGGUCUCUGCUGGACAACUUCGAGUGGAUGGACGGCUACACUGUCCGCUUUGGCAUCCACUUCGUUGACUUCGGAGCCGGCCUGAGGAGGCACCCCAAGAGCUCCGCCCUCUGGUUCCGGCAUCUCCUCCGAGCUCGGCGCGUUUGA